AUGCCGGACCAAGCUAGAAGCAGAAUACACAAACGUGAGGUGGUCGAGGCGAAUCUGGGGGCGGUGGGGGCGGUUAUGACACAGGCAUGGGACGACCGCAUGCAGGUCUACACGAACGCACGCUCACUUACUUUGCGGAGACUCAAACGGGGAGGGGAGAAAGACAGAAGGGAGCGGAAACAGAAGGGACAAAGACAGAAAGGGCGAAAGACAAAAGUGGGAAAGACAGAAGGAGGGAAGACAGAAGGGGGGAAAACAGAAGCAGGGAUAGACGAAAGGGGGGGAAAGACAGAAGGAAAGGAAAAGACAGAAGGGGGGAGAGACAGAAGUAGGGAUAGACGGAAGGGGGGGAAAGACAGAAGGAAAGUUAAGGAGGAAAAGACAGAAGGGGGAAGACAGAAGGGGGAAAGACAGAAGGGAGAAGACAGAAGGGGAGAAGACAGAAGGGGGAAAGACAAGGGAAGAAAGACAGAAGGGGAGAAAGACAGAAGGGAGCGGAAACACAGAAGGGACAAGGAUAGAAGGAGCGAAAGACAAAAGGGGAGAAAGACAGAAGGGGGAAAGACAGAAGAAGGGAAGGCAGAAGGGGGAAAAACAGAAAUAGGGAUAGACAGAAAGGGGGAAAGAGGGAAGGGAAGGAAAAGACAGAAGAAGGGAAAGACAGAAGGGAGGGGAAAGAGAGAAGAGGACAAAGACAGAAGAGGAAAAAGACAGAUCGGAGAAUAG